AUGGAAAAGUAUGUGCUAGGUGAACUUAUUGGAGAAGGUUCCUUCGGAAAGGUUUAUAAGGCUGUUGAGAAAUAUACGGCGACCCCUGUUGCUAUCAAAAUUAUAAACAAGCGAGGCCGUUCCGGGCGUGAAUUGAAAGGGUUGAGAGGGGAAUGUGAAAUACAGCGAAAUCUUAAACAUCCUAACAUUAUUCGCAUGUUAAACUCUUUCGAAACCAAUAACGAAAUCAUAGUUGUGACCGAGUACGCUAAAACUGAUUUGCACAGUUUACUUCGCGAUGGAUCGCUUGAAGAACCAAAGACUCAACGUAUCACCUUCAAUCUUGUAUCUGCAUUAUACUAUCUACAUUCGCAUCGCAUACUACAUCGGGAUUUAAAGCCGCAAAAUAUAUUGUUAGAUCGGAACAUGUGUGCAAAGUUAUGCGAUUUUGGAUUUGCUCGCAACAUGACAAUGGGUACUCAUGUUUUGACAUCAAUUAAAGGAACACCGCUGUAUAUGGCCCCAGAGCUGUUGGAGGCAAAGCCCUACGAUCAUCACGCCGAUCUGUGGUCGCUAGGAUGCAUUAUUUACGAAAUGCUUGCUGGUGAACCACCGUUCAGUUCCACUUCGAUGAUACAUUUAGUUCGCCUCAUUCGCCAUCAGUAUAUCAAAUGGCCCAGCUUCCUAACAAGUAAUUGUAUUUCAUUCGUUCAAGGUUUACUUGAGCGCGAUCCUUCUAAACGUAUAAGCUGGACCAGAAUUCUAAAUCAUCCUUUCGUGAAAGGGCAUAUUGUGACUGUAGACGAGAACGUUCCCCAAUCUCCUUUUACACAUCCGCUUACUGCCUCGCAAUCGCGAGAAAAAAAUAAUCAAGCCCAAAAAAUGAUGAACAAAGGGAAAAUCAACAAAACACCGCAAACUGUAUCAUGCGACGAAGAUCUAACUACGUCUAAGGACAGCAUCUAUGUAAUGUUGCAAAGCGACAUAGAGUAUCAAGAAACAGAUACAGAUGAAUGUACGAAUUAUAUCAAAACCGGCGAAGAUUCUUUGACGAAUGUAGUCAAUCUUACCUUUCAAGAGCAGGUUAAUAAUUUUUAUGAUGCAUGUACUGGUGAACAACAAACAAGGGCCAUUCUUUUUCUUGAAAAUCCCAAUCUUGCCGUCAACCGUUUCAAUGACAACUUUCCCAUCAUGUCACUACAUCAAAAUGGCUUAGAGCUUCAAACUUCAAAGGAAUAUGUUAGUCAAGGAUGUGUUGGCUCACAAGAACCAGAAAGACGAAAACUGAGUCAAAGCAUUGACAAUUUCUCAAUGCGUAUCGAAUCGGGCAUUGAAGCAUUCAAUCAAAAUCCAGCUAUGUUCAGAAUGUCUAGCGCUUUGGUUGUAGCUGAGGAAAAUCAAAGAGAAAAAGUCCCAGAAAAAUUUACUCCGAGCUUACUUCCCGGGUGGGACUCAUGUGAUGAAUCGCAAAACCCUCCCAUAGAAAAUGAAGAAUGGCUUGCGUUCCUACAACGUUCCAUACAGGAAGUACUGGAUGGUGAAAUGGAAUCGCUAAAACAACAAAAUUUUGUAUGUAUUAUCGUCGCACCAUUACGAAAUCGACGUGCAAGCGCGAAGGUAGUAGAGAAUGUAGCUCAUUUGCUUAGCCUUCCGUUAGCGAUCAGCACACCACCAACAAUUUUAAGGGAUAUAAUUAAUGUGUAUGGAGAAUUGAAACUAGUACCCAAUUUAGUAUACGCUUCGAAACUAUUGUGCAACAAACGAUUUCACGAAGAUUCUUUGAGCAAUGAAAGUCAACCAGGGAUGAGCGUUAAUCCUUCGAUGUACUCUGUUUGCCAUGUUUCUACAUUAGACAACGAUGAGAUAAAAACCCUUAUAGCCGUGUACGAUUUGAUUUGUUAUCUUAUUCACUUGGGAGAUAUGUUUCUGAGUCAGUUUUGCGAUGCUAUCGAAAUUCUUGGCGCCAAAGAACUAUUUGUUAAUUUCAUUGCCGCAGCUCAUGUCAAUCAUGAGUACGUUCGAUUAGUAUGUUCAUUACUAGCACUUCUCAACUGUGCCUUACGGGAACUUCCGGAAAAUGCAGAGAUCAUCGAGCAAAUAGUAUUUCACGAGAAUGUAAACUUCACGUUACUGUUGAAGCACGAUAACGCUUUCCUUCGACUUCGUACCUGCAUGCUAAUUCGGAUAUUGGCCAGAUUCAGUUGUCUAGCUAUGCAAAAACGUUGGGCAAACGAAAUAAAAGAACACUUAGAAGAACUUCUUUUGGACGACAAUCAGGAUGUUAAAAAGGAAGCAAAAAGUGCAAUUGAAGAAUUUAAAUAUCUUAGCUGUGUUACUGCAGAAACAUGCUGA